CAAAAGAGUAAGUUUAUGGAUGGCCAUUUAUUUUUGUUUGGUGGCUUUCUUUUCUUCUGUUGAUAUUGGAGGACAGAACUUAAGGUUUUGCUUCUACUUUUUUCGGGCAAUAUUUUGAUUAUUGGCUUAUGGAAAGUGCUGGAAGUGUUUCAUUUCUAAGGAACAGAAGGUUUGAUAGUUUCUUCAACACAAGUUCUGAGCCUAAUGUGAAAGAACCACCAAAAAUUCCAGUGAAACAAGUUGAUUACAAGCCAUUGCGAUUGAAUAAGGAAUGUGUUGAUGCUGAUGAUGAUGAUGGAUGGUUUUGUGUAUUGAUAUCUUGGGUAAGAAUUGUCACUUGCUUUGUGACAAUGAUGGUCACAACAUUCAUUUGGGCACUGAUUAUGCUUCUGCUGUUACCUUGGCCUUCUGAGAGGAUUAGGCAAGGCAAUGUUUAUGGACAUGUUACUGGUAGAUUAAUGAUGUGGAUCUUGGGGAAUCCAAUAAAGAUUGAAGGUACAGAAUUCUCUAGCGAAAGCGCAAUAUACAUCAGUAAUCAUGCAUCUCCGAUAGACAUCUUCCUUAUAAUGUGGUUGACUCCCACUGGGACUGUUGGCAUUGCAAAGAAAGAGAUUAUAUGGUACCCUCUUUUUGGACAACUUUAUGUUUUGGCCAAACAUAUCCGUAUAGAUCGCUCCAACCCAACCGCAGCCAUUCAGACUAUGAAAGAGGCAGUUCGUGCAGUUGUCGAAAACAAACUCUCAUUGAUCAUUUUUCCUGAGGGAACCAGGUCGAAAAAAGGACGACUUCUUCCCUUCAAAAAGGGUUUUGUUCAUUUGGCGCUGCAAUCCCGUCUCCCGAUAGUUCCAAUUGUCCUAACCGGUACCCAUCAAGCAUGGAGGAAGGGCAGUUUACACAUUCGACCAGCACCUAUUACUGUAAGGUUUCUUCCUCCAAUAAGUCCCACAGAUUGGACAGCUGACAAGAUUGAUGACUACAUAACAAUGCUGCAUAACAUAUACAUCGAAAACCUUCCAGAGCCUCAAAAGCCUCUUGUAUAGAAGGCACCAAAACUGUUUCCAAUUCAUAGCUCAGGUAUCCUUAUUGUAAAUUUUUUUUCUCUCCUGGGAUAAUGCUUCAUGUUAAAAGCAAUUAUAAUCAUAUUUGAAUAGAUUAGCAGCAUGACUGAUGUAUCAUACUGCCGAUGCUCGUGCUGAAGAGUCUUUUUGAUCAAUAUAAAGUAUUCAUAUUUCCUCAUCAAUGAAGAAGGGUCAGUUUCAGGGUUCAAUUUCUUUCAUGUGAAGACAGGUCAAGCAGAAGAACAACAAUAAACUUGGAAACCAUUAUAGGUUUUUGAGAGUUUAUUUAUUUAUUUAUUAAAUUUUAGAUUAUUAUUGUCCUCUUUAAUGAUACUAUGAAUUGUAAAAUCAGGGAGUUUGGUAUUUGGUGUCCUUGUCAACUAGAAAUCUGCUUUCCAGAAGGGUUUAAAUUAAAUAAGUUUGAACAGAGGAUAAUGCUUAAGAAUUCAUUGAUCAAAGUCCAAUUUUACUUUCUAAUUGACUUAA